AAUAUUAUUGUUCCUUUCACCUAAAGCCCUGGAUCAGAAAUGAAGUUUUUAACUGCUUCCAAAUGUUCUGCAGAACAUCCAGUUCCUUCCCAAGUCUGUUUAUAUUUUUUUAACACUCAUGAAGUGCAGUGUGGCCACUUUGCCCUCUUCUUCUCUCCUCUGUGCAGAAGACUUGGGACGACAUUCCUCACUCUGCCCCAAGCCAGGGCUAGCUCCAGGACUGGAGAUGUUUCCCUCACUGCAGAUGUGUUGCUCUCAGUGCUGCGCUCUCAUCCGGCGGCAUCUGGCCAUCCUGCUGCGGGGUGCGCUGACAGCAGUGCCCCACUCAGUCUUCCUCGUAACAUCUGUAGCAAUGACUCACUGGACACGCUUAUUCCCGAAAAGACAGAAAACUCGGACGUCGGGGACCCGCCGCCUUCCAGGACCCAACCCCUUCCAGGACCCAACUCCCUCAGGCGCCGUCCCUCCCAGCUGCCACCACCGGCCCGCAGCCCGCCCAGGCACGCACCACUCCGCGGGGGGGGGUCACGGGGCGAGCACCGCCGGACGCCUCCGGCGGCUGCAGGGGGGGCUCUAAGGGGGCGCCCCCGCGACGCGCCCCCGCUGUGGUUUGCUCCGUUGCCGGGGCAACGCAUCCAACGGGCGCGGGGAGGGGCGGCUGUGAGGGGAGGCUUUGAGGGGACGCGGAGGGGGCUGUGA